AUGGAGUUUGUCGGUGCCAUCGCUGCACUCACCCAGCUUGCGAAGUAUGGCUUCGAAUUAGCCAAUAGUAUACCAGAGACGCGCCGGCGGUUACGGCAUGCGCCAACUUUACUACGCGAGUGGAACGAUCGAGCGUCGUUACUAGCCAGCCUUGCCGAGACACUUCAGAAUCAACCAGCUCUUGUGCCACGUGUACAGCCUGAGAUCAUCGCGAGGCUGGUCGGCGAUGUCCGUCAUGUCGCUUCGCUUCUUCAAGAUCUUGCAGUGGCUACGGAAGAUGGGAAGAUGGUCAGAGUCAAGAAACGGGUUCAUAUCAUCAGAAAGGAAAGGGAUAUAAACAAAGCUUUGGGUUCCAUUGGACACUUAGAAAGUGCCUUGCAAGCUCAAAUUCUUUUCCAGCCUGGCCCUCCAGUAACGGCUCGGCCGAGCGUUGGUAUCACGAUAGGUUUACCUCAACGCAAUCCUCACUUUGUUGGGCAUAACGCGCUUCUGCAGAGAUUGACCACCAAAUUGAACAAUCCGAAUGGCACAUCAGUCGUUCUGACAGGACUAGGUGGAACUGGAAAGACAGCGGUCGCAAUCGAGCUCCUACACAGCCUUCUAGCUGAAGACCCACAGACAUCUGUGUUUUGGGUUGAUGGAACGACUGGGCCUAGUUUGCUCGCAAGUUGCCGAGUGCUGUCUCAGGACGACAAGACGAUAGCCUACCCCGGUACAGUAUCCGAGGCUUUGGCUGCCUUGAGAACACGUGUCUGCAAAGUACCCUCCAGGUGUAUCGUCGUCCUGGAUAGCGUGGACGUCACUACUGUUCUACCAGAAGCUUUGAAAAUUCUGGUCGAGGGCAGUGGGAAAUUCCGCACAGUUAUCACUACUCGGAAUCUUCGCUUCGCCUUGCGACUUGUGCACCCAAAAAAUGUUGAGGAGAUCUCAUGCCUGGCCCUAUCAGAUGCAACACAUCUUCUUUUGUCCUACACGCUCCCGGUUUUCGAUGAUAUGGAAAAAGCGACGUGCUUGGCACGUGCCCUGAAGUGCCAUCCCUUUGCAGUCAUUGAUGCCGGCGUCUGCAUACGGUUGGGAAACUCCCCUACGCUCCUUCCUCCGCCCAGCUCCUCUUUUCCGGGCCCUGACUUCAGUCAAUAUACGGCUCAUCAGAUUGGGAGUUACGAAGAAUCUUCUGGCCGAUCAACUAUUUCCAUGGAAGCUCUAACAUCCCAAAACGCGACUUCGAUACCGUUAUUGCUAUGCUUAGCCUGCUUUCACGAAACGGCCGGUAUUACAAUGCUUCUGUCGGAUCUCGUGAAGACGAGAGAGAAUCAAGAUGCGCUAGCACUGCUGAGGGCUUACUAUCUAUUCGAGUCAGAGACCGCUGAUGUUUCCCUGCGACUGAAUCGAUUUGUACGGCAAGAGGCGAAAGCUAGACUCGCGCAGUACCACAAUCGAGAGAAGGUGAUAGACCUUGCUAUGCGAGCAGUGUCUACAACAACGUUCGCGUGCGGCGAAGCUCUACCUGACCGUGACCUGCACCAAGCUUCGGUUCUGUGUACGGCUUUCGAAGUAACUAAGGUGGAUGAACUUCAUGCCUCAUGCGUGCAGCGCUGGAUCAAAAUGGCUUUAUCACUAUGCGAGCGUUUGAUCAUACUUGGUGAUCUCAGCUAUGCCAUUCACUUUAUCGCGCAAACGAUCGCAUGGGCGACCGCAUCGACCGGCCAUGCUCCUGACCUGGUGAGGAAUCUACGUAGUCUAUUUGAGCUGGCUGCAAGAACUAUACGAGAAGCAGUACAAUACCAACCGUGGGAGGUAGGCUCGUGUGAUGUGAAUACAGUGCACAGCUUGAACAAUCUUGGCUUGGCUCACCAGGGCCAAGGUCUGUUUGAGGACGCGGAAAGAUAUCAUCGUCAAGCUUUGAACAUUAAGCAGCAUCUAUUCGGCCGACGGCACCCUGAAACUUUUCUAACGAUGAACAACCUUGCUCUCUCGUUGCAAAGUCAAAACAAGCAUGACAACGCUCGCGCAAUAUUCGAAAUGGCCUUGCGCGGACGGAAAAUGCUUCUCGGUGCCCACAGUCUGGAUGUACAGAUCAGUAUGAGCAAUCUGGGCGUCUCAUACCUGAUUCAGAAGCAAUAUUCCGAGGCCUUGGACUUGUUCCAACGCGCACUUGAGGGUAUUCAGCGCUUUUUCAAUCAGGAUCAUCCCGAGGUGUUGAAAUGCAAAGGGAACAUCGCGCUUACGAAAGAGUGUCAAGGGCUUUCGAACGAAGCUGUAGUAUGGUUACUCGACAUAUCCUCGGUCCAAAAGUCGACACUAGCGGAAGCGCAUCCUGACACCUUGAAAACACUGCGUAACAUCGCGGCUAUUCUUCAUCGGCAGGGCGAGUAUGAAAAGGCAGAAGCCGUAGUUCGUGAAAGCCUUGCGUUGGAAGAAACGAAAUAUGGCAGAGGUGAUUCUAGAACUUUCGUCACGUUGCAGCACUUAUCCUCCAUAUUGCACGAGCAAAUGAAGUUUGAGGAAGCACUUGAUAUCGCGAUGUGGCUUUACGAGUCAAGACGGGAAAAGCUAGGGGAUAGUCACGCAAGCACAGUGUGCAGUUUCGAACACAUCAAAGAGCUAGAAGGGGAAAUAUGGUUCUCGAGAUUGGAACAUGAUAUCUUCACAUUUCAUGGAACCUUUUCCCACGGUUCCAUGACAAAAUGA